CGGGGGUGAAUGGCCAGGAUGGGGGGCCGGGCGCAGGCGGUGCCCAGGUUUUACAGCUCGGAGCCCCUCUUCGGCGGGGUGGCCCCCGAAGUGAUGGAGGCAGCGCUGAUCCGCUUGGCCACGGAAAAUGAGCGGUACCUCAGCGAGCUGCCCGGCCAGGCCGGCUGCUGCAAGGAGAGCCGGACCGUGGAAUUUGUAUUCCUUUUGGCUGAGAAAUGGCACUUGGACCAUUCAGCAAGGUAUCAAGCAGUAGAGUUACUUGAAAGGUUUAUGAUCAAGCAAGUAGAGCAAAUCUGCAAGUCCCCCAGUGAGAACAUGGAAAGUACCAAAGAAGGCAGCAGUCGGAGCUCUCUGAAAGAACAGAUGUAUGCCACGUUUGUCCUGCGACUGGUGUCGUGCAUUCAGCUUGCAAGCAAACUUUCCUUGCACUAUAACAUAGUUAACAGCGACACAGCUUUAAAAUUCCUGCAAUCCUUAAAAUACUCGUACACUAAACAGGAGCUGCUCGAGUCGGAGCUUGCUGUUUUAGAAACUCUGCAGUUCCAGAUCAAUGUGUCAACUCCUCUGGCUUACAUCGAAUUGCUUCUAGAGGUUUUAGGACAUAACGGCUGCUUACUUCCUGCAAAACCAUUGCAUCAGAUGUGUGUGCAACUACUAGACUUCUUGUAUCUUAAAAGAGAGGCCAUCUACGACACGUUACUGAAGACCGCCAUCGAAAAUUCGACACCAAGUGAACUGCAGAUGAGACGCUUUUACUUGCGCAGAGCCAAGUUUUCGGCAGUAAAGGAAGAUUUCAUGCUCUUGGCAGUUGGAAUCAUCAGCACAAGCGUUUUCGUACUAAACCCCGAGCGCUGGAAGCAGGUUGUGGAGCAUUUGAACUGCGUCACGGGCAUUACUUCACAAAGCAUCUCAGAAUUUUCACACGCGGUGCUGAAGCACGUCGUUGGCAGUAGCGCUCCAAAGCAGCAGCGGAGGAAGUAAAGCUCCAGCAAACGGAAUCCUGCCUCUUGAACGCAGCUCUCACCUGGAUCCGCCGGUCAGUGCAGCAGGCUGUCACGCCGCUGCUAACAGCCCAUCGUCCGCGACACUGCGCAGGGCGCCCCACACAGUAGGGUUGGUUCUUCUGAUCCUGAGCACGGCGUGUUCUGUGACUUGCCGGGGGCCGUUUUAAUUAGAGCAGCUCGUUAUUUUCGGCUCUGCUCCAGCGCCGUGAAGGUAGCGGGAACAAAGCAGCGCUUACGUUUUCCAACGCCAAAAGCUUUAUGGGAAGGGCUACAGCGUUUCAGUUGUGAGCAUGUUUUCCUUGAAGAAACAGAAAACGUAUUGUGAGAGCGUUGUUCUGAGAAGGCGUCAACGCGAGCGUUAUUCUGCUGGGAAGCCCCAGCCCGGCCCUUACAAACAGGGCUGUCAUUUGCGUUUGCUGCUGUUUUAAAACCUAAUUAUUUCUGCCCGCCUGCUGCAGCCAGGCUGCUUCUUAAUGGUCCUCUUUGCCAGUGCUCCGAAGCCUGGUUGCUCUUACCUCAGUCGAGCCAGCUAGUGUCGUGGCAAGAACAAAAUCCCCCCCCCUCCUCGUUUUGUCCUGGCAGCAGGGGCUGCCUCAGCACCGAGGGGUGCUCAGGUU